AACAAUGGACGAGCUUUAGUUCGAAAUUCAAAUUUCAAUUUAUUAUUGUUUGAAAAAAAAAGGAUUCUGAUCGUCAACGUUUACAAUUUUUUUUCUUAACAGCUGGAUGGUAUGUGUCACAUAGAAGAUAUACCUAAGUUUGUAUUCGAAUUGAGGCGUAAAAUGUUAGGUCGUUGAACUACUCAACUUACUUAGAAGACAUCAUAAAGAUGCUCACUUAAAUAUGAUAUUAUCAACCUGUUGGAAGUAAGACAAAGAUAAAAUGUAUACACUGUUUCACGGGUUCUACAAGUAUUUGACGCAGAAAGAUGAGUUCUGGGUUCUCAUACUCGGUUUGGACAACGCUGGUAAAACGACGUAUUUAGAAUGUUCAAAAACAAAAUUCAAGAAAAACUACAAGGGUAUCAACCCAAGUAAAAUCACAACAACAGUUGGUUUGAACAUUGGCAACAUUGACAUAGACAGAGUGAGCUUAAACUUUUGGGAUUUGGGUGGUCAGACGGAACUACAGUCACUUUGGGACAAAUAUUAUGCCGAAUGCCAUGCCAUUAUAUAUAUUGUCGAUUCAUCUGAUCGAGAACGCAUGGAUGAAUCAAAAAAAACAUUUGAAAAGAUGAUAUGCAAUGAAAACUUAGGUGGCAUACCACUUUUAAUAUUAGCUAACAAACAAGACAUUCCUGACUGUAUGGGUGUCAGAGAAGUAAAACCAAUUUUUAAUCAGAAUGCUCAUUUAAUUGGAAGAAGAGAUUUUAUGGUUAUGCCAAUAUCUGCAUUGACUGGCGAUGGCAUUGAUGAAGGAAUUCAAUGGCUAGUUCAAUCAAUUCAAAGAAAUAUAGAAGUGCGUCCUCCAAAAAAUGCUGAGGAUUAUUGAACUUGUGAAUAAGAUAUUUCAACUAUAAAUCUUAAGUUAUUGAAUAAAUUAUUUUUUUAUAAAGCAAAAUAUGAAUAAAUGUGUUUGAAUUUAUUGGAUAUUCAAUUAUAAAUCAUAAUACUAUGUACCUGUAUUGUUAUGUAUUUGAUAAUAUUUUAAUUUGUUUUGGAGAGAAAUGUUUAUUACCUAGUUCAUAGAAAA